AUGAAUCUCCUUGCCCUGGUAACUCUGGUUAUUGCUUUUCCCGCACUGAACGUGGCUGAUGAUGUUCCUUCUGCUCCUACCAUAACUGCAUAUCCGAAAGCUCCAGGGAAUUUCAAACCAGCCCCUGGUCACCAAACCCAUGAAGGUAAAGUCUGCCAGGUCGAGCCAAACCUGGUAGAUGCUGGCCCCAGUAUUCUUGCUGCAGCCCAAGAGUGCAACAAUGGAGGCACUGUUUUUCUACCCUCCGGCGACUUUGUCAUUGCAACCGCAUUAGAUCUCACUUUCCUGAGCAACAUCGAUUUUGCCAUCUGGGGUAAUAUCAGGUUUAAACAGGAUCUCGAGCUCUGGCCGACCCAGGCAUUCCAGUACGCAUUCCAGACUGCCAGCAUGUUCUGGAGAUUUGGAGGCGAAAACGUGAACAUCUAUGGUGAUGGGAAGGGGGUGAUUGAUGGAGCUGGCCAGUUCUGGUGGAGUGCGAUGGUCCAGAAUUCUAGUGUCAUGCGUCCUUGUCUGCUAGGCACGGACGGACUGCAUCAUGCCACCAUUUCUGGGCUCACGAUGCUCAACCCCCCAGGCUGGUUUAACCUCAUUGCGAAUUCAACAGAUAUCCUCGUCAGUGAUAUGACAAUGUUGGUAGGCAGCGCAUCACCAGAUGCUCCAGCUAAGAACACGGACGGCUGGGAUAUCUACCGCAGUUCUAACGUCGUCAUCCAAGACUCGAGGAUUGUCAACACGGACGACUGUGUCUCGUUCAAGCCCAAUUCCACCCAGGUUGUCGUCCAAAAUCUAGACUGCACAGGGUCCCAUGGUAUUUCUGUCGGUAGUCUGGGCCAAUACCAAGGGGAAACAGAUCUUGUUGAGGAUCUGUACAUCUACAACGUCUCCAUGACGAAUGCGACAGACGUAGCCCGAAUCAAGGUCUGGCCUGGUGUUCCUCCCGAUGCCUCUGGCUCCACCAGCGGCGGAGGACUAGGUCGUGUCCGCAACGUUACUUACGAACACAUACAAAGCGAGAACAAUGACCACGUUAUUUCCGUCUCGCAGUGUUACUAUACUAAGAAUCAGACCAUGUGCGAUAUGUACCCCGCCAAACUUGUGAUUGAGGAUGUGCUUUUCAAGGACUUCAAGGGAACGACAUCCACGAAGUAUGAUCCUCGCAUUGGAGAGUUGACCUGUUCUAGUCCGGAUGUCUGUCACGACAUUUCUGUCCAUGAUAUCAACGUCACUACACCCAGUGGCAAUCCUCCCAUCUUUAACUGCAACAAUAUGGGAGAUUCAGAUCUUGCAGAAAUCACGUGUGCGUGAUUUUGGGGCUCUUCUAUGGAAUCUUGUGAUAUGAGGAUGCUCAAGGCGACAAAAAACGAUAGUCUGAAGAUACAUGUUCUUAUGGCGUGCAUCACUCACUUCAUAGCAAAUUUUAUCCUGUUGUCGUUGGUGUCCGGAGGCCGACACAUUUACCACAGCAUUACCUUGUAGCUUUGUUCUUUGUUAUGACGGAUAAGUCUGUCAAUGGGCAGUUGAGUUAGGUGAAA